AUCAAAACUAUUGACAUUUGAAUAAUGAUUACUCACUCCUAACCAACUCUCCUUCAUCUAUCUAUACAUCAUCUCUCUAUACUUUUUAAAAUGGCGAAAUUGAUCUUUCCUCCUCUCCUUUUCCUAUUCUCACUUUCUCUCAUUUUGCUGCUUACUCCUUCCCCGAUGGCCCAAUCCACCCGCUGCAACUCCGAUUCCCCGGCGGUCCAAAUCGUUUACGUCGAGAAGCCUCGUGAUGAACAACCUGAGGCCUAUCACAUCCGAAUCCUAGCUUCUGUUCUCGGCAGUGAAGAAGCUGCCAGGGAAGCUCUUUUGUAUAGCUACAAGAAUGCUGCUAGUGCCUUCUCCGCUCGCCUUACUCCCUAUCAGGUCGCCCAGCUUGCCAAACAAGAAGGAGUUUUACAAGUUGUUCCAAGCCGUACUCUUCAGCUGCAUUCGGAGCCUUCCCACCUUCACUAGAGGACCAUCAAACUCUUUAUGGCUGUUUGAAAACAGCAUAAUACCUAAAUAAAGUUUUAUCUAUACUUUGCUUGUGGAAUAAUCAUAUAUCUAUUCCCUAUAUAUUAUUCUACUUCACUCAUUUUGUGUAAUAUCUUUGAAUAUUUUAGCUUAAGUUGGAAUACAAUGAAUUACGUAACAAAAACAAAUAUGCACCCAAAAAAA